UUUCGCGGAUCCACCUUCAGGAUUCAGCUGCAGCACAGAGCUCUGGUUCGGGACCCGUGGAUCAGAAGAGGGUCCAGACCCCGCGUCUGGACUUCAGUGAUGCUGAAUCCGGUCCUUCGCCGACCGGCACAGAACUUUUAGGAGACCGUUGCGCUCCGAACUUCCCGAAGCCGCCGAGCGGAGCCGCGCUCCACCUUUCUGCGCGAGGGUCUCCUCCGGCCAGCACCAUUCCACCCAAAAGACCCCAGGAUCGGCCCGCGCUCACGCGGCUGGUCGGCAGGAAGCGGCUGGUCGCAGCAGGGGUCCUGGGAGUCGUCAUGGUUCUGCUUCUCGUGAUCCUCAUCCCGGUCCUGGUGAACUCGGCGGGCUCGGCGGCGCACUACGAGAUGCUCGGUACCUGCAGGAUGGUGUGCGACCCCUACGGCACCAAGGCUCCGACCAGCGCCGCCACGGCGGACGCGGCCGGAGACGGCGGCCUCGUGCAGUCCUUGCCCACUUUCAUCCAAGGUCCGAGAGGGGUACCGGGGCGUCCGGGUAGGGCGGGUCCAAGGGGUCCUCUCGGCGAACCGGGGCCGCCCGGUCCUGCGGGGCCGCCCGGAGACAAAGGCAGACCCGGCUUACCGGGACCGCGGGGACCGAGCUCAGCUGCCGGGGCCAUCAGCGCGGCCACGUACAGCACCGUGCCCAAGAUCGCCUUUUACGCGGGACUCAAGAAGCAGCACGAGGGCUACGAGGUGCUCAAGUUCGACGACGUGGUGACCAAUCUGGGGAACCACUACGACCCGACCACCGGCAAGUUCACGUGCUCCAUCCCGGGGAUCUAUUUCUUCACCUACCACGUCCUGAUGCGCGGAGGCGACGGCACGAGCAUGUGGGCGGACCUGUGCAAAAACCAGCAGGUGCGUGCCAGUGCCAUAGCUCAGGACGCGGACCAGAACUACGACUACGCCAGUAACAGCGGCGUGCUGCACCUGGAGCCGGGAGACGAGGUCUACAUCAAACUGGACGGAGGCAAAGCUCAUGGAGGCAACAACAACAAGUACAGCACCUUCUCCGGGUUCAUCAUCUACGCCGACUAGAACCCUCGACCCGAGCUGCUGACGGCCUCCUGCCACAGCUGCUGUGGACUAAACACCCGGCCUGGAUAAACGGCACCGCAUUUUAUUUUUCCCAUUCUGCCAUUUCUGUCUUGAAGAGUAUGAUCGAUGUCAUUCAAAUAGUGGUGACGAAUCAAACGCCGCCCUCUCUUCGUGCCAUCACGCUCAGACGUGCAGCCGAUGUCCCGUCACAGAGUCUUACGGUGGUAAGAAGAGUCCGAGUGUGGGCAGAAACCCACCGGCAUCAGUAAUCUGUAAUCUGCCUGCUGGAAUCUGACUUGAUGGUCCAACCUUUCUUCAUUCUCACAUCUGAUUUGGCUGCAAGCUGCCUGACAACUAAUCAAAGUCCCGAUACGACACAGAAGUUUAGCAGCAGCUAGUGAGUAGUCGACGAUACCUGCCGUGGUAUAAUAAAUAAUGAUUCAUGAGUCA